AUGAAUACGCUGAAGUUUUAUUUUGUGACCUGGAACGUUGCAACUAAGUCUCCUAGUCAAGACCUUAAUGCCCUAUUGGAUUUUCCAUCGCAGUUUAAUAAACACAAACCAUUACCAGAUUUUUAUGUUAUUGGGUUACAAGAAGUAAAGUCACAACCGCAAAACAUGGUCAUGGACAGCAUAUUCACAGACCAGUGGACGUCAACUUUUAAUAAAAUUCUGUGCAGACAAGGAUUUGUUAUCGCUAAAAGUAUGCGGUUGCAAGGCAUCGUUAUACUUGUUUAUACACAAAUGAAACAUCUCACACGCCUAAGGGAUAUACAGGCUCAGUAUACUAAGACUGGUUUUGGUGGAUUAUGGGGUAACAAAGGCGCUGUUAGUGUAAGAUUUAAUUUAUAUGGGUGCUCGUUUUGCCUCAUAAAUAGUCAUUUGGCAGCCCACGAACAUGCGCUGUCCGAUAGAAUCACCGCUUGCAAUAUUAUUUUACAAGAACACACCUACGAACUCCAGGAGACAUCAAAUAUUUUGUAUCACGACUAUGUAUUUUGGAUAGGUGAUCUUAAUUUCCGCCUGGAAUUCCCAGAUGAGAUCAAUCUCACACCAGAGGAAAUAGUUGAACAAUUGCAGAAAAUAGAAAAAGACAAAUACGAAUCGCUAUUAAAAUACGAUCAGUUGUUUGCUGUGAAGGACAGUGGUGAAGCGUUUUCGGAGUUUAGUGAGGGGGAGAUUCGAUUCCCGCCGACAUAUAAAUAUGCUAUUAACACAUAUGAAUAUGAUCUUAAGAGAAAGCCGUCAUGGACAGACCGAGUGUUAUAUAUGGUGAAUCCGAAUAAUUACGAAAAUAUAGUUUUGAGAGCGGAUCUAAUAUCAUAUAAUCACGUACCACAUUACAUGGUCAGUGACCAUAAACCGGUGGUAGCACAAUUUAAUGUGAAGGUACGUCAGACAUUCCCUCGUACGGUGUUAGCUGAAGAACCUGAGACCAAAGUGUCUAGGUCGUCUAUACGCAUGCGUUCAGCUUUAGUAAUGCCCAUGAAUGAUGAAGCUGGUGAUUUAGAAACGGAUGCAGACAUUGAGCCCAGCAGUACAUCGGAUGUAGUCGAUUCUGCGGAAGAGAGUUUCGCGGAUUACACGGAGAAAACCGUGGAGUUUGCGCCAAUAUCUCGUAUAUGGUACAUCGGUGACGCGGACUUUAGGACGGAGUGCACUUUGUCUCAUGACGUCGAGAUCAACCAGGGUGAUUGGAUUGGUAUUUUUGAUGCGAAUUUCCAUAGUCUAGACGACUACAUAACAUAUGACUAUGUGAGCAAAGUGGGUGUUCAAGAAACGCCUCACGUCGCUGGAGAGUCACGUACUAUAACGUUAAGUUUUCCCGUUGGCAGUGGGGUUAGAACUCCGGGAUUCUACAGAUUCAUAUACUUCAGCCAACCGAGCAAUGAUGUCAAGAGUGUUUUAGGCAUCUCUGAUCCCUUUGAAGUGAGCAGUAAGGAAGACCAACUAGUGUCCAUAGACCCAUGUUCAGAGGCGUCCGGUAGUACGGUUAACACGGACGUAUUCACAGAUUUCACAGGGCUUGAUGUGGCAAAGCUUUCCCGCCAUUUCUCAAACGACUUGAGCAUUGACUGA